AUACACACCCUCGCAUCGGAUGCCCACGGCUAUGUGGGGGCAGACUUGGCGGCCCUGUGCAAGGAAGCCGCGGUGCAUGCGCUCAACAGCCGGUUGCACGUACAAGACAAUGGGAACGUUACCUACACAGCCCCAGGGACCGGCCCUAAAAGUGCACUACAGGUGCAGUACGAGGACAUGACCUACGCCAGAUUGAAG